AAAAAGACUAUAUACAGCAAAGAAAAGCACAAAUUUAAAAUUUCCCAGUAUAAGGUCUUCGAGUAUUCUGCUGAACACAAAACACAAAUAAGUUGCAGUUUGACAGGUAGCUUUCUCUUAUUCUAUGAUUUUGUUAUUCAGAAACGCCCCAAUGAGUGUCCUGUUCCACAAAAAGAUUUAUUAUAUGCUCAACCUUUAGCUCUUAAACAUCUAAAAUAUGAAAACGUGAUGCUACUUGCUGAGAAAUACGUCCCUAAAGCAGAUAUUGCCUACUACACUUCUCUAGUCUUAGACCAAACAUCAGGUGGUCAUGAAACAGAUGUCACCGAUGACGGUGAAUUUUCCACUUAAGAGUAAGUCUAUUCGGUUAUCCUUAAGAUAUAACCAAAAUAGUUUUGUCAGAGUUUAUUUUUAGUUCUGUUGUGACACUACUAGCAACAAAGAGGUAUGUGCAACUUUGUUUUUACUCUAUUAAUCGAACCUGCAAAGUUUGUUUAACCCCCAUUACACAAAAACAACCCAUUACUACCGCACAACACUCUUACAACAUUUUCUUAAGUUCUGUUUCUUAAGGAGGGACCCUACUCUGAAACUUUAAAAAAAUGGAAAAAAAAUUUAUUGCAUUUUUCGAUAGGUUAAAGUGUCUAGAAUAUUGCCCCGAAACCGUUUUAUGAAAUUCGAACUCAUUACAAUGUUACAGCGAGAUAUCGACGGGCAGUUCGAGGCAUGUAGAAAGAGCAUUAAACCGACUUUGAGCGGAACUAAUUCCUUUCUUAUGAUUCUUAAUGUAGGUAACCAAAUAUUUGUAGGGUACUUUUUUAUCCUAUUUAGAAGGAAAUAAAAUAAAAAGUAGGCGUUGUCAUCAGUGUUGUAACAUGGUUGAUGGUUACAGUAACCGUCACAUGGUUGAAAUAUCCACGUGCGUUUUUUCGUUUUAAAUUCGUUGUUUAUAUAAUUAAUUGUGUACGAAAUGUCUCCUCGAAGAAUCUGCCGUGAUUCAAAAGGCAACAGAGAUAAUAAACCGCGGCCGAUUAGCGUGAAACGUAAAUCUCGUCCGCUGAAUCGACAUGAAAUGGAACAGGAGACCGCGAGCACGAGUAAAUCGGCAAAGAAACUAAAAAUGAAUGAAAAAAUUGACAUUGCAGUAAACGCGAGUUUCGGAUACCGAUUGAUUAAUUUUGUUUCGGUUUUUAAUGCACUCAGUGACUUAGUGAAGUGUAAAAAAUGUGACGGUGAAGUUACAUUUUUGGAAGGCAGUAUUCGAGGUCUUGGAUUUAAGUUGAUUGUGAAAUGCAAGUCUUGUGAGCCAUCUGGUAUAGAUUCCUGCCCGUUAAUAAAUUCAAAGGCAUAUGAAAUCAAUCGCAGAAUCACAUUUGUAUUUCGAUUAUUAGGAAUGGGUUAUGCUGCGUUAGAAAAAUUUUGCGGAUUGAUGGAUUUACAAAGGAGUUUUACUGAAAAAUUCUAUAAUGACAUUAGCACCCACAUUUUUGUGGCAGCUGAAUCCAUUGCGGAGAAAUCCAUGCAAAACGCAGUGAAACUUGAAAAAGAGGCAACAGAAAAAGGUGGUUUAACAGUUUCUGGAGACGGGACAUGGCAUCGACGUGGAUUUUCAUCACUUUUUGGGCUAUCAACGUUAAUCGGAUACUAUACCGGAAAAGUGGUGGAUAUACUAGUAAAAUCAUCAUAUUGCAAACAGUGUGAAACGUGGGAAAAGGUUUCUGCGACCCCAGAGUAUGCGCUUUGGAAGGAAGAUCACAUGGACAGAUGUCAAAGCAAUCACGAAGGCUCGGCAGGAAAAAUGGAGGUUAGUGCGAUUCAAGAGAUGUUUCAACGAUCCGAGGAAAAAUAUGACGUACAAUAUCACAAUUAUAUUGGUGACGGUGAUAGCAAGACCUUUAAAGCUAUAUUAGAUUGUCAUCCGUAUGAGAAUGCUACAGUCAUGAAAAAAGAAUGCAUUGGUCACAUUCAAAAACGAAUGGGAACCCGUUUGCGAAAUUUAAAAAAGAAAACUAAAGGUCUUGGGGGCAAAGGGAAAUUGACGGACAAAUUGAUAAAUGAGUUGACAAUUUAUUAUGGAUUGGCCAUUAGACGAAACACAAACAGCUGGGAAAAAAUGAAAGACGCUACUUGGGCUACAUUUUAUCAUAAAAUUUCCACGAACGAACAUCCACAACAUCAUCUUUGUGAUUCGUCUUGGUGUUCUUGGUUACAGGCGAAAGAGAAAAAUGAACUAAAUAAUUACAAACAUCCAAACCCUUUACCUCAAAAUGUGCAAGACGCAAUUCAACCAAUUUAUGUUGACCUUACUGCCGAAGAUUUGCUGAAAAGAUGCGAAGGAGGCUUUACCCAGAACUGCAAUGAAAGUUUAAACGCGCUCAUUUGGUCAAUCGCUCCGAAGACGAAGUUCUGUGGUAAGCAUACGAUUGAUUUUGCUGCUAAUACAGCUACCAGUAUGUUUAACGAUGUAUACGACAGUAUUCUUCUAAUGAUGCAAUGCAUGAAUUUUGUUAUUGGGACAAACUGCUUCAACCUGUGCAAAAGUUUGGACGAGAAAAGGCUGAAAUAAAAAAUUACGCCAGCACUAAGGAAGCGCGACAGAAGCUAUUGGCAGCCAAAAAAGCUAACGAAGACAGCUUCCAUGAAGUCGAAGGAGAGUUGUAUGGUGCUGGGAUAGCUGAUUAAUUAAAUGUUUUGCCCGGCGGUGUCUACCAGCGAAGAGUAACAACGUCGCAAUGCUCCGCUUAAUCACUGAUUAUUAAUUGUAAUUCCAUUAUUUUAUGAUUAAAAAAUUACUUUUUUUAUAGUUUAAAUAUAGCUCUACAACGUACAAAAAAAAUUGUUUUAGUUUCGUUCAUAUUUGGGGGAGAAAAAUAUUCGUAAACUUUGCUUGUUUUUAGAGCGCUCAAGGUACGGUCCCCCCUUAACAACAUUCUUAUUCGUAUUUCAUUGUCUCCUGUAAAAUUUUACAAAUUCCAGAUACCUCUUUCUUGCAGCAGAGUCCUCAAUUGAAUCCGUUCCUGGUAUAAAUCAUUCUUCUGGUGAAGAGAAAAAUUGGUUCCCAAUUCGGAAUCCAACAGUUCCUGUCACGAAGUAAAUAUUAUCCAGAGUUUGACCUCCAAAGUUUUCAUAAAAACAAAUUGGCUAAGUUGUUUUUUUUAUAAUUUAUUGUUUUGUUGAUUCAAACUUUAAAAAACUCUUCAUACCUUCAUACGAAAAGUUUUCUUGAUAAGUUCACUAUAAAAUUUUGAGGUUAGGAUUACAAUUUCCCUAAUUAAUUUAAUAUUUCACGAGUUUGAAACCAUAACAAUAUCCGAGUUGACAAAUAUUACUUCGUAUUAACUAACCUAGAAAUUUGUUCCUAAUAUUCAGUAAAUUCUGUUAAUUUUAUCGACAACAUUUCACCUUAAACUCUGCAAGUGUUUGUCUGGAUAAUGUUGCCAGAACCUGCUUUUGACCCUGAGAUAUAAUUCGACAAUUAUAUUUGAAUAUUUAAAUUUUUCAAUUUAAUAAAAAUCAAUUUAUUAUUAAAUUUAGUAAUGUCAUUUUAUUAAAAUAAUUGUUUUCGAAAGAGGGGCAAUUUUUCCGAUCAAACUUGAAAAAUCAUUAUACAUAAAAAAAAUCAAAUAUCCCAUGAG